UGAGGGAGGGAUCGGCGACCUGUGGCUCCUUGACGGUCCGGAGAGAUAAGUGGCCGUCUCUCCACAGUGGCCGCUUCCCACCGUUAGUUCCAUCGCCACCCGUCAACCCGUGAGUUGAGCCCGCUAACCCGUGCGCCUCUCCCCCCUCCCCCCCUCCCUGGACCGGCAGCCGGUGAGCGGACGGACGGCAUGGACGAGGGUAGCCGGCUGAGGAGCGGCCCCACCGCGGGGACCGGCGGCAACGAUGACCACAGCCUGCGCAGCGGCGGCGGCAGCAACGGCGGCAAGAAGGAGGAGGCUGGCGUCACGCUGAAGAAGGAGAUCGGCUUGGUCAGUGCCUGCGGCAUCAUCGUGGGGAACAUCAUAGGCUCUGGCAUCUUCGUCUCCCCUAAAGGUGUGAUGGAGAACGCGGGCUCGGUGGGCCUGGCGUUGGUGGUGUGGAUCAUCACGGGUUUCAUCACGGCCAUUGGCGCGCUGUGCUACGCCGAGCUGGGCGUCACCAUCCCCAAGUCUGGCGGGGACUACUCCUACGUCAAGGACAUCUUCGGCGGCCUGGCUGGCUUCCUGCGCCUGUGGAUCGCUGUGCUAGUCAUCUACCCGACCAACCAGGCCGUCAUCGCCCUGACCUUCUCCAACUACGUGCUGCCCCCCUCUUCCCCACCCUGCUACGCCCCCCGAGCUGGGCUGCGUCUGCUGGCUGCCGUCUGUCUCCUGUUGCUAACCUGGGUGAACUGCUCCAGCGUGCGGUGGGCCACACGGGUCCAGGACAUCUUCACCGCUGGCAAGUUGCUGGCUCUCGGCCUCAUCAUCAUCAUGGGCUUCGUGCAGGUGUGCCGAGGUCACUACUACUGGCUGGAGCCCAAGAACGCCUUCCAGAUGUGGCAGAAGCCAGAGGUGGGGCUGGUGGCAUUGGCCUUCCUGCAGGGAUCCUUCGCCUACGGGGGAUGGAACUUCCUCAACUACGUCACCGAGGAGCUGGUCGACCCCUACAGGAACCUGCCGCGUGCGAUCUUCAUCUCCAUCCCGCUGGUCACCUUUGUCUACGUGUUUGCCAACAUCGCCUACGUGACGGCCAUGUCGCCCAGCGAGCUCCUGGCCAGCAACGCCGUCGCCGUGACGUUUGGAGAGAAGUUGCUGGGGGUGAUGUCGUGGAUAAUGCCCAUCUCCGUCGCCCUCUCCACCUUCGGAGGCGUCAAUGGAUCGCUCUUCACCUCCUCCAGGUUGUUCUUUGCUGGAGCUCGAGAGGGGCACCUGCCCAGACUACUGGCCAUGAUUCACAUCAAGCGUUUCACCCCCAUCCCCGCGCUGAUCUUCACCGGUGCGUCGACGCUGCUGAUGCUGGUGACCAGUGACAUCUACACCCUCAUUAACUACGUGGGCUUCAUCAACUACCUGUUCUACGGGGUGACCAUCGCUGGGCAGAUCGGGCUGCGCUGGAAGCAGCCCAACCUGCACCGGCCCAUCAAGGUGAACCUGGUUUUCCCGGUGGUCUACCUGUUGUUCUGGGCGUUCCUCAUCAUCUUCAGCCUGUGGUCGGAGCCGGUGGUCUGUGGGAUCGGCCUGGCCAUCAUGAUGACUGGCGUGCCCGUGUACUACCUGGCCAUCCACUGGCAGCACAAACCCCAGUGUUUCCACAACAUGAUCGGUGAGUGUACCCCCCGAACACAGGGACCCCCCAAACAUGGGGACCCCCCCCCAAACACAGGGACCCCCCCAAACAUGGGACCCCCCAACACAUAG